AUGGAAUCACAACCAAAGAAUCAUCUUGAGCUCCACGACAUAAAAUCGGAAAGGAUUCAGCAAGCACGAAAAAAGCAUGGCUGUUGUUGCUGCCAAUUUUGCAUGUUAAUUCUGAAGUGUACUGGUAUAUUGUGUUAUGUGUUUUGUUGUCCACCAGUACCAGAAAUGAUUAUUCGAAAAUUAGCAUUUCAUCCGCUAAGGAAAGGAAAAACAUAUCUAGUAUGCGGAACAGAUGCGCACGGCAAUCUUGUGCGAACCAAUAAUGCUAAAAAGGCGUCUAAAUUUCUAGCGCUGAAGUUCGAAGUACAACAUCUCAUUGAAGGACCACCGAUUUCAAUGGAAGGUGUUGAGAUAUCAAUAAUUAAAACAAGGCGGGGCUCAUAUCUACCAAUUUUGAGGAUCAGUAACAAUUUUGCAACUGAUGAAUCGAAAGAUAUGGUAGGAUAA